CCCGAGGCGGUCCCGCCUCGCAGGCCUGGCCUCGUCAAGAUGUCGUCGGCGGAGCCCGGGCGGUUCUUCUGCACGGCGGGCCGCGGGCUGGAGCCCUUCCUCGCGCGGGAGGUGCGAGCGCGGCUCGGCGCCACGGAGGUGGACUGCGUCACGGGGAAAGUGUUCUUCAGGGCGGCGGCGGGGCCGGGCGAGCUGAGGAAGCUGCGGUCGGGGGAGCGUCUGUUCCUGCUGCUGAAGAAGCACAGCCCGCUGCCGGUGUCCAGGAACAAAGGGAAAAUGCUGCACGAGAUUAAAAGCCUUGUCAUUGAGGAACCAGAAUACUGGCUGGAUAUUAUCUCUCUUUGGAGAAAGCUUAGUGGACACGAGGGGAAAACAGAUGAUUUCUCUCAAGAAAACACAUUGGCUCUGAAGAGAAAGUCAGAAGAAGAAACAAAUACUGCAAGUAAAAGGCAGAAAACGGGACAAGUGAGAGCAAUUGUAUCUAAGGAGUGUCAGGUGGAAGCUGGAGAGAGGUGUGUGGCACCAGAGAGAGUGAGAGGUCAGGAGUACUGGAUUGAGAGCAAGACUUCUUCAGAAUUCCCUUCCAAAGGCAGUGGAGAGAAUCCUACUGCAGAUGAGAAGCUUAGCUUCAGUUUCAGAGUGUCUUGUCGUUGCAGUGGAGCGAUUGCCAAAAUACUUACUUCACAGGAGAUUGGAAGAGCCAUUGGCGUAGCACUUGUGAAGCAGUGCGGGUGGCGUGCUGAUCUACGGGACCCUGACAUAGAGAUCUUUGUACAUCUUAAUGACAUUCACUCUGUGGUGGGGAUUCCUCUUUUCAGGCUUCCAUUGGCAAACAGAGAGUAUAUCAGAACAGCAGGACUACGGUCAACAGUCGCAUGGGCCAUGGCAUCUCUGGCUGAAAUAAGUGCUGGUGCCCUUGUACUGGAUCCCAUGUGUGGACUAGGAACGAUACUGCUGGAGGCUGCCAAAGAGUGGCCUGAAGCCUGUUACUGGGGUGCUGAUAUAAGUGAUUCACAGCUAGAGGGUGCAGAUGGGAAUAUUAGAACUGCAGGCUUAAUGGAUAAGAUUGAGUUGCUUAAAGCUUCUGUGAAAGCAUUGCCAUUGCCUUCAGAAAGCUUUGACAGUGUUAUUUCGGAUAUUCCAUUUGGGAAGAAGUUCAAGAUCACGAAUGAUGCCCAGCUCCUACCAGAUAUUCUCCAGGAGAUGGAGAGUUUUCAAAUUCCCUAUAAAACUGAGGACGAGCCUCAGGGGAGGAUCCCAUCCCAUCACAAUCCCAUCAUUCCCAUCCCAUCAGAUUCCAGCCUUGUUCGGGUUGCGAAACUUCUAACAAUAAAGCUGUUAGAAGCCAGACCUGAACAGCCUCUCUCUUCCUUUGUCUCUGCGCUAACGUGAGCCGAUCCCAUCGGCUCCUGCCGUGUUUCCUCUGCCGAGAAGCCAGCUAGCUAACCCAGCAAGCAGCUCUUUUCCUGAUCCCGAAGUCGCGUCAGCGACACGUGGAGGUAACGCAGCUGGACUGUCUCUGACCUGGGGCAUGCCAGAGCUCGUGCUUCGGGCACCAGGCGCCGUGUUACCACACUCAGAAGUUUUCUUUACAGGGCAGAAAGGAGAAAGAGGAGAGACCUGCCUGGACAAAGUUAAAGCAUGGCCAGGCAAAUAAAGCUAUAAUCCUUUUUCAGUUGAGGCCUGCUUGUAUAAAAUCACAAGCUUUCCUUUUUGAGGUCACGGCCAAGCUUUAACCAGCCUACCUUGACAGGAAGGAUCUCAGACCAGAAAAAGUGGUAUGCAUUUUCCUUGCUAUCCAGGAAUAUCUCACUAGCCACUUGGUCAGAUUUUAGGUGUGUCCUUUCAUCUCUCACCAUGUCAUUUUGUGGCAGAGUUGAGCCAAACUAAUAGGUGGGCUGCUUCUAACAGUUCAAGCCAUCUUCCCCUCUACUUCUUGCCUGAAAACAAGCUCUUCCUCUAGGACUCAUCUUCAGUGCAUGUUGAUCUCACUCACCCAAUGCAGGAAUGUGAUGGGAAGGGGAUAGAGGAGGUGGCAUGGUUCCACAGAACGGUGUGGCAAUCUUGCUGUGCUUGUCCUCUGGCCUUAUUUGCUCUAUUGGUCCAUCCUAAGCAAAAUAUACCCUUGGGAAGGUGGAGAUGAGGAAGGGACCAUUACCAUGAGAGCCCCACCAGUAAAACUGUUCAAACUACUUGCUGUAAACUGAGUCAGGAUAGUAUUUUUUCCCCCCCCUUUCAAAGCCAAAUGUAAUGUUUGGACAUAAACCUAGAAAAAUUAAUUGCAAACAGUGGUUAAUUUUCCUCUGUUUCCUAAGUUUGAAAGCCCUUAAGGAUCAGUGGAACAGGGAAAGGACAGAUGUUUUAAAAUUUCCAAAAGGAAGAGUCAGUUUCAGAAUUACCCUGCUAAUCUGAGAAGCCCUUGCUGCGCUGGGAGGCUGUUCCUUUGCAACCUCCAAAAACUCGAGGCUUGAUGGUGCCCUCAAUCCUUGAAAGAAUACUAAGGGGGUAAAAAAUGAGUCCCGUCUUCCCUGGUAACCCAGUAGAAAGAACUGCUGAUAUCAGAAAUGUUUGGGAGUCAGGACAGGGCCUAGUUCUCCCAUCUAGGAAGAGGUAGGAAGAUACGAGAUUUAAAUUCCUUUUGGAGAUGCAGCUUACUGAGUUGAGCCAUGACACACUCAGGUGUUUUCUUAA